GUGUUUUGGGGGGCGGGGGGGCAGGGGAGAGAGUGGGGUGCAGCGAAGAUGAUGGCGGAGUGCGGCGGCGGGGGUGGCGGCGGCGGCGGCGUUGGGGGCCCGAGGAAGAAGGCGCUCUCCUUGCUGGAAGCGGCCCGCUCCCGCUACGAGAGCCUGCAGAUCUCGGACGACGUGUUCGGCGAGUCGGGCCAGGACAGUAGCGGGAACCCCUUCUACAGCACCUCGGCCGACUCACGCUCCUCCUCCGCCGCCUCUUCAGAAGACGAGGACGACCCCACCACCUCCUCCAUCUCCUGCUCCUCGGCCGCCUCCGCCCCGCCGCCGCAGCCCCUGGCCCGGGAGGUAGAGGCUGCACCCGAGGGGCCCGUUCGCGGGGGAGGUGUCUGCUGCUUUCAGGGAGGAGGAGGGCGCUGCGUUCCGAGGGUAGAAGAGGCGACUUGUGGGCAGCGGCAACUGCAAUCGCAUCAGCUCCCCGGGCCCAUGGAUGAGGAGGAUGAGGAAGAGCGUGGAGGCUGGACCCAGACUUUGCGAGACAUCCCUCCCCCUCGCUUCGAGGAUACCAGCGGACCAACUCGAAAGAUGCCCCCCAGUGCCAGUGCCAUGGACUUCUUCCAGCUCUUUGUCCCCGACAAUGUUCUUAAAAACAUGGUGGUGCAGACAAAUAUGUACGCCAAGAAGUAUCAAGAGAGGUUUGGGAGUGAUGGGGCCUGGGCAGAGGUGACCCUGACGGAGAUGAAGACUUUCCUCGGUUACAUGAUCUCCACAAGCAUCUACCAUUGUGAGUCUGUUCUCAGCAUCUGGAGCAGUGGCUUCUACAGUAACAAAAGCAUAGCCCUCGUCAUGAGCCAGUCCCGCUUCGAGAAGAUUCUCAAGUACUUCCAUGUGGUGGCUUUUCGUUCCAGCCAGACAACACAUGGUCUUUACAAGAUCCAGCCCUUCCUAGAUUCCCUCCAGUAUGGCUUUGACUCUGCUUUUAGGCCUUCCCAAACUCAGGUACUACAUGAACCCCUGAUUGAUGAGGACCCAGUGUUCAUCGCUACAUGCACAGAGAGGGAGCUGCGCAAGAGAAAAAAGAGGAAAUUUAGUCUUUGGGUCAGGCAGUGUUCCUCCACAGGCUUCAUCAGUCAGAUUUAUGUGCACCUGAAGGAAGGCGGAGGUGCAGAUGGACUGGAUACUCUAAAGAAUAAGCCCCAACUCCACAGCAUGGUGGCCAAGAGCCUUUGUCGGAAUGCAGCAGGCAAAAACUACAUCAUCUUCACAGGACCCAGCAUCACCAGCUUGCCCCUGUUCGAAGAGUUUGAGAAACAAGAAAUUUACUGCUGUGGACUGCUGAGUUCCCGAAAAAGUGACUGCACUGGCCUACCUCUGUCUAUGCUGAAUAAUUCGGAUGUCCCCCAGGUUCGAGGGCAGUACCGAAUAAAGGUGAAAGGAAAUAUGUCUCUGAUCUGCUGGUACAACAAAGGGCCCUUCCGCUUCCUGACAAAUGCCUAUUCACCAGUUCAACAAGGAGUGAUCAUCAAGAGGAAAAGUGGAGAGAUCCCUUGUCCUUUGGCUGUGGAAGCUUUUGCUGCUCACCUUAGCUAUAUCUGCAAAUAUGAUGACAAAUACAGCAAGUAUUUCAUUUCUCAUAAACCAAACAAGACCUGGCAACAGGUAUUCUGGUUUGCCAUCAGCAUUGCGAUCAAUAAUGCCUACAUCCUGUAUAAAAUGUCAGAGGCCUACCAUGUGAAGAGGUACAGUCGGGCACAGUUUGGGGAAAGACUGGUAAAGGAGUUGUUGGGCUUGGAAGACACCUCGCCUUCCCAUUGACGCAUCUUUCUCGUGCCUCGAGGCUGGGUAAGGGACCCACAUCAGGGGAGAGGGCAUCGGAAUUGGAAGAAGAGAAUCUGCGGCUGUGGAUGUCCAAUCGGGGACCUGGUGAUGCUCACUCCCUUGUUGGGAAAGUGAUACUGCGAGGUCUUUGUAGGGAUGGAAACAGAGACUUGAUCAAGAGGAGGAGCUGGGUAUCUAGGGCUCCCACUCAGAGAGCGUCCCAUCCCUCCCCACCAAGAAGCCGCCCCCCAGCUGCCUUGUGAGUGCUCUGCCAGUCCUUCGUGUGCCAGACCUGGGUUUUUUAGGUUGCUAGCCAUUAAUACUGUCAAUUGUACCUGUUCAGUAGGGUGUAAGGCUCCUUAUGACACCCUCUUGAAUUGAAUGAGUGAGCUCAGGCUCCAGCCAUGGGGACUCCCACCAAUACUAAGUGCUGCCAGUUGUGAGAUGUCACCACAUUUCAUUAGAAAAUGGGGAGGAAAUGAGACUGUGACAUCUUUUGACAUCAUGGCGUGUCAACUGAUGAGGGUGAAACCCGCAAAAAAUAGGGUGUUUUUUUCUUAAAAACUGGUUAGAUCUGAAUGGAAGACCCUUUGGUUUUUUCCCAAUUUAUCCAGGUACUGCUUAACCUGGACAUUUAGGAAGUGUCUAAAGGAGGAAAAAGAAGGAAAAAAAAUUGAAUGGGUUACCAUUGAGAUAAAAAAUGAUGGAAUGCACAGCAGAUGGAAAUGGUUUGCAUAGUCUAAAUAAUAAAUGAGGUGUUACUGAUGACUUUGGCUUCUUUGCCUCAUAUGAAGGGGAAAAGGGAGAACACACCGAUUUAACUAGAAGUGGAGUAUAACCACUGUAUUUUUUCUCUUAUUUUAAAAUGUAUCUUUGGCUUUUUCUAUGUGUUGCUUAAGAUCUGGCAUAAUGGGUGAUGUUUCCCUCUGUUUCUUUUCCUCUCCCUCAGCCCCCCUCCUCUGUUCUGCAUCUUGGGCACGUAAUAAACAACUUUGUGACUGUACCCAGCACAGGAAAGAACAGUUCACUUUGAGAAGAAACAUAUUGCACUUGCCAAGUACCGUAGGAAUGCCUUUUAGAAUUUAAGCUUGGUCACUACUAUUGUCAUUUGGAAAAAAAAAAUCACAUUUAAAUAUAGAUCUAUAUAUA